GAAAUUAGUCCUCAAUGUUUUGUUGGAUCUCCAUAGCUCAACCAACUAAUCUUUUUUUCUACAAUCUGCUUGCUUUACUCUGUUCCAUUUACACAUUAUCAAUAACUCUCGCAUAAACUACAAAAAGUUCAACUUUUUCCCCCUCUUUAGAAAUAGUAUUAUCAGUAAAAAAAAGAAUAAUAAAUUAAAGUACCUUUUGGAGUUAUUAAGAAUCCAACUUUUGUUUUUCUAUCUCUUUUUCAUAAUGUUGUUUUUGUUUGAUGAUUGAGUUCAUCCUUUUAGCAGUUUCCAGAAGUACCAGAAACUGACAAGGGUUUUCAUGACUCUGAAAAAAAAAAAAAUGUAGAUAGUUGAAUAAAGAAAAAUGUUUGUUUUGGAAUCAAAAAAUAGAUCUUUUGUUUUGAAACUAACAAAAUAGAGAACAUAUCACAUGGGUCGUCAUUGGUUGCAUUAUUGUUAAUCUUCUUUUUGUCUUCACUGUGAUCUUCUUAUCUUUGGUUACUUAGUCUGAUUUAGUGGAUUCAUUCAUUGCCCAUGCUUGUACAGGCCAUUGUGUGAAACAUUGUGUGUUUUUAUGAUUCAACCUUGAGAUUCAGUUUUAAGAGCAUUAAUGGGUGAAUCAAUUGUAGAAGCACCAGAUGUUGAAAAUAAGAUGAGAGAGUCACUUGACUCUGGUGCUUCUUUGGAAGUAUCAGUUUCGUUCGGUAGGUUUGAAAAUGAUUUGCUUUCUUGGGACAAAUGGUCAUCUUUUUCCCAAAAUAAGUACUUGGAAGAAGUUGAGAAGUGUUCAACGCCCGGAUCAGUAGCUCAGAAGAAGGCUUACUUUGAAGCUCAUUACAAGAAAAUCGCUGCUCGGAAGGCUGAACAACUGGAUCAGGAAAAGCAAAUGGAAACUAAUCAUUUCACUGAAGAUGAUCAAAAUGGUAAAGAUCAUGUUGGUCAAAGCUAUGUUGAAGGAGUUGAGCAAGUUACCAAUUCAAUUGGUGUCAUGAGCGUCAGCCACUCUGAUGAGUCCAAUGACAAUGAAGCAAUCACUGAGUUUCAAAGCUCACCGGUCGAUGGAGCUAAGGAAGAAAUGAAUGGCAUACUGGAUAGCCCUAAAUUGAAUAGAUCAGAAGAAGCUGUUGUGGUUCGAGAGGACAUUCAUCUAAAUGGAUUUGAGGAGAAAGUGGAAGUGCCACCCUUUUCGGUUCAAGAGGAUGCUCAUCUAAAUGGAUUUGAGGAUAAAGUGGGAGUGCCAUCCUUUUCAGUUCAAGAGGAUGCUCAUCUAAAUGAAUUUGAGGAUAAAGUGGAAGUGACGCCCUUUUCAGUUCAAGAGGACGCUCAUCUAAAUGAAUUUGAGGAUAAAGUGGAAGUGCCACCCUUUUCGGUUCAGGAGGACACUCAUCGAAAUGGAUCACAGGACAAGGUGGAAUCGCCAAUGAACUUGGAGGAGACAGGAAACACACUUGAAAAUAGAAAGGAAAAUGCGAAAUUGGAUGCAUCAAACAAAUUUCGAAAGGUGAAGGUGACUCCCUCCAAAAAAGACAAGAGUUUAACGGGAACGAAGAAGAAACCAGCAUCAUCACCUUUACCCAAAAAAUCUCCAGAGAUUUCCACCCCAAAACCAUCAAAACCGACAUCAACCUCCACUUGGUCCUCAACAAAGAAGACAAACGGGUCAUCAUUACCGAGGAGCAAAAAUCUUUCUUCAGGAGAAAGCAAGAAAGUAUCUCCUUCAUCCCUGCACAUGUCUCUUAGUUUGGGUCCUUCAAAUUCCGAUUCAAACUCUCUUACCACAACUAGAAAGUCUCUCUUUAUGGAGAAAAUGGGGGACAAGGACAUUGUUAAGCGAGCGUUUAAGACAUUUCAAAACAAUUUCAACCAAGUAAGAGCUUCUGAUGAUGGGAGAUCUUUUGGACAAAAGGAGAUGUCAACUACAAGGCCAGAACAAAAGUUGUUCACUUCUUUGACUGCUCGGAAGGAGAACAGGGGAAUAAGGAAGGCAGCAGAGAAGAUGGAUGCUCAAAGAGCUCAGUUGGGAAGAAGCUGGAAUGCUACCUCAAUCGGGUCAUUGAAAGGAUCUGGUAUGGAUCAAAGGAGUGCAAAGCCUGCCCCAUCUACUUUUGGGUUGAGAAGUGAUGAAAGAAAUGAAAAUCGAAAAGGACCGGGCAUGGAUCGAAAGAGUGCAAAGCCUGCCCCAUCUUCUAUUGGCUCGAGAAGUGAUGAAAGAGCUGAAAAGCGAAAGGAGUUUUUCAAGAAACUGCAGGAAAAAUCAUAUGCUAAGGAGGCAGAAAAAACAGACCUUUGUUCAAAGUCAAAGGAGGAAAAAGAGGUGGCUGAUAUUAAAAAACUACGACAGAGACUCAAUUUCAGAGCCACCCCUAUGCCAGGUUUUUAUCGGGGGCAUGCGACAUCAAAGAGCCCUUUAGAUAAGGAGGGUGCCAAGAACGAACGCCAUCAUCGACCAGAAAGGCACAGGUGAAAGAUUUAUCUGCAGCUAACUACCCAAGUCAGAUGAAUUCGUGAUCCUUUAUCAAAGAUUGGAAUAAUGUGGGAGGCAGAGCAAACUUUGGAGAAGAAACACAUGAGUGGAAAAGGUGAGGAGGAGGCAUGUAUAGAAGAAGAAAUUACUUUAGUAAGGACCUAUCACGUAAUACAAAUGCUUAGCCAACAGAAACACCAUUAAUGAGUAAGAGGAUGUAUCUCUGAGCAGAGAACCAAAAACCUGUAUGGGCCAUCAUGUCAUUUGGUGCGUCGGUUUAUCCAUCUAUUAUGAGCGGGAGAUAAAGAAGAGAUUGAGGCUCUUUGCCAUCUUUAUAUUGAUAAUCUCUUCCUUCCCUCUGAAUUGCCGUAUUAUAUAUACAUAUGGAAAAGGAAGUGUUAAAAGAGUAGAGUUUAUGGAAUUUAUAGACAGUUUGUCCAACUAUGUGAAGAACAUGAAGUUCUGUAAUUUGCAUCUUGAUAUAUAUAAUUGUUAGCUGCAGACAUUAUGUGGUUAUUAAUGUAUAUUUAAAAUUACUUUUUUGGUCCUGCUUAUUCUUGCACCAUUGCACAAA